UGCCGACAGCAGCGUGUGCAUGAGAGGAUUACGCCAAAGCUUUGAUCGUUUGUUUAGCAGUGUACCCUGGACUACAUUACUGCUGAGGCUCAAGUCACGUCUAGCUGCUGAAAGUCAGUGAGAGCACUUACGUGAUCGGUCCUGAGCAAAACGCUGGUGGCAAACAUGGGAGCAAAACUGCUCUGCUUCUGCGUCGCCUUCACCCUCGUGGCGUAUUACAUCUACAGCCCCAUCCCAGAGAACAUUGAGCAGCCCUGGAAGCUGAUGCUGAUGUCAGCGGUGUUCAGGACACUUGGGCAUGUGGCUGAGGCUGCUGAGCGGCUGGGGCUGGCGAACUACAUGGAUGUCCUGAUGCUCCUCUCGGCCGCUGAGUACAUGGCACCGACCUCAGAUGAGAACGUGACCGUGACAGACACGGAGUUCAGCGGCGUUGCCGUCCGCCUCUUCCUGCCCAAGAAGCCAACAGAGGGGCUGCGGAGGGCAGUGCUCUACUUCCAUGGCGGAGGAUUUUGCGUCGGAGAUGCAGGCAUGAAAGCCUAUGACUUUCUGGCAAGAAGGACUUCAAGCCAAUUAAAUGCUGUUGUGGUAUCAGUCAAUUACAGGCUGGCACCCAAGUACCACUUUCCAGUUCAGUUUGAAGAUGCGUAUUCAGCAUCCAAGUUCUUCCUGCAGAGCAGGGUGCUCUCGCAGUACGCUGUUGACCCGACGCGGGUCUGCGUCGCAGGAGACAGCGCUGGCGGCAACCUGGCAGCGGCUGUGGCACAGAAGCUGCUGGAGGACUCUGAAGUCACAAACAAGCUGAAGGCCCAAGCUUUGAUUUAUCCUGCGCUUCAAACUCUUGAUCUGAAUCUGCCAUCUUACCAACAAAAUGCAAACAUGCCCAUUCUGUCCAAGUCACUCAUGAUCAGGUUCUGGAGCGAGUAUUUUACUUCCGAUCCAUCUCUCAGGGAAGCAAUGACCUCCAACCGCCACGUCCCGGCCCAAUGGGGACACUUGUUUCAGUUUGUGAACUGGAGCACCUUGCUGCCCGACAGGCUGAAGAAGGACCACGUUUACACCGGCCCAGUGUUCGGGAGCCCCGCGCUGGCAGAGAAGUACCCUGGGUUCCUGGACCCGCGGGCAGCCCCACUGCUGGCAACAGAGGCACAGCUGCAGGGGCUGCCCCCCACCUACAUCCUCACCUGCCAGCAUGAUGUGCUGCGGGAUGAUGGAUUCUUGUAUGCCACGCGCCUCAGGGCGCUGGGCGUUCCUGUCACACACGAGCACGCUGAGGACGGCUUCCACGGGGCGCUGAUAUUUGUCACCAGCCCGGGUGACUUGGCCGUGGGGCACAGGCUGCUGAGUGGCUACUUGCAGUGGCUGGAGGAGCACCUGUAGCCAGAGGGGGUGCUGCAACACAUCUGGCUCAUAGCUGGGUGCAGCUGAGCUGUGUGCAGGAGAAUGGGGUCUGCGUGCUUUGGGUGUGAUUGCUGUAUUCUGUGCUGCCUUGAGGUGUCUGCAUACAGCACUUCUUGUCAACUCCAUCAGGAAAACCAGCUUGAUCCAACGUGUGCUUUUCUGGUGCUGCCUUCUGAGCUUAGGACCCGGGCACUGCCUGGGGACCCCUUUCCUGGCCGACCUCCAUCAGGCUGUGCCUGGUCCCCACUGUGCAGCUGCCUGGGCUUGGUGGGCAGUGCUCCCAUUCAGCCUGCCUGGCAGAGCGUAGGGCUCAGCUGGGCAGCUUUUCAUCCCUUCCCGGUGCUGUGUCACAGCGAUGGGCUUGUGUCAGCAUGGCCAUCACCGUUUCACACAACUGCUGCUUGGUGGCUGCUCACUCCCUACCCCUUGUGCCGGGUGCACUGCAAGCAGCAGAGGAGCAGUGGGCAGAUCCAGCGUGAGUGGCAGCAGUGGAACCUGCCCACUGCAUCCCUGCUGCCAGCCCUGCAGCACAGCUCCAGGUAAGCACCACAAGACUGAAGGGGAUGGCUGCGAGAUGGUGCAAACACUAAAAAUGUGCACCCAUCUUACUCAGUAAUUGCCUCCAUUAUUCUCUGUAAUAGAAGGAAGUAGUGUAACUGAACGGCACUGGGUGCCCAUCAGAUAAGGGAAGGGUGCAAAGGUCCUGCUUUUAGAACAACGCUGCUCUGCAAUUACGUUCUUCUUACUAAAUAAGUGUCAUGUUCUUGUUAUUGCUAUCCCUGGUAAACAGUUUUUAAGAAUAAAACUAGGCAACAUCAUAGAUUUGAAGAAGAAAGAGUUCAGCAUUGUUUUGAAUGAAUAUCCUACGUAGAAGUGCUCUCUGUAUUAAAUACGAAUCCCUAAACUUGAGUGGUGAGCGCGCACGUUGGUGGCCUGUUGGUCUGAAGGUUGCAAAACGCUACCAACAAACUUGCAGCAUCCUGUUUCUUUUGCACAAAAGCUACUGCACAAAUGCUGUUUUUUCCAUGUGUGUAUGCAGGCAUUUAGAUGGAAUCAUGUCAGGGUUGCUGUAUUUUUGUCUUAUGUUGAAUACAGAAAAGUUCUCUGAUUCUAAUGCAAUGUUAUUCUUUUCCAAUAAACAGAAUCUGUGGGUGAUGGAAAGGAAAGGUGAACUUCAUUACACGCAGUAACUGCCACAGAGAACCAGGACUAAAUUCAGGGUCAUGAGAAAUGUGCUGAGAAGGGAUGAGUCUGUGCAGUACUCCUGGCACGUUAAACUGAGAUAAACGUUUGAAAACAUUAAGCUUAUAUUGUGAAUAUCUUAACUGCUUAACAAUUUUAAAAUGUCUAUUUCUUUGAGAUGUUUGUGCUUUCCUGCACUUCCUCUACGCUCACUGAACUGAGGAAUGAAGGAAGGCAAAAUGAAUGGUUUUUGAGGUGCUUCGUGCCUACCGAGCCAUCAGCUGGCAGUGAGCAUCCAUCCCCAGCCCUGCUGAUGGCAGAAGGCAGCGGCUCCCGCCCCGCUCCUGCAGCUGGGUGCUGCUCAGUGGGAGGAGUGCUCGUCUCUCUGGGGAAAUAGCUUUUGCACAUAGAUGCAACCUUCCUGGAUGGGCAGGUGGGAAAGAGGGGUUGUGCAGCACGGCACGUGGAGGAUGGCU